AUGAAUUUGCUGGAAGGUAAGCUAUGAAACGAUUUCGCAAAAAAUGAGUUUCAUACUUCUCCAAGUAUGAAUUAUGAUUUGAUUGGAAAGCCUGAGACUGAUAUGAAAUUGAGAUUAAAAUCUAUUAACUGGCUGCAUAGUUUAUCAUAUAUAAAGAAAGAUACACGAAAUAUUCUGUCAACCAUAAUUAAUUCAGGAAUAUGAAUAAAGAAAAGAGACUUUAAGAUUAGAUUUAAGGAGUUCGAUUAA